GGCAUCGAGACUGACGUGAAAUUGCCCAGAGCUGAAAUGAAGGCACCUAGUGUGGAGUUGGAGGUCUCUGAGAAGGGCAAAAUCAAAAUGCCUGAUGUCAAAAUGCCAAGCGUCAAAGUUCCCAAGCUGAAGACUCCUCAAGUGGGAGUCUCACUGCCAAAGGUUGAAGCAGACAUCUCCCUUCCCAAAGCAAAAGUGGAAGUUCCACAGGCAGAGGUCUCUGUUAAGGUGCCUGAUGCAGAAGGCAGCAUUGAUGGUGGCGCGAUGAAAAUACACAUGCCAAAGUUCAAGAUGCCGAGCAUGGGUUUCUCCAAAUCAGAGAUCAAAGGUCCCAAAGUCGAUAUGGACAUCAGCGCACCCAAGGUUGACAUUGCUCUUCCAGACGUCAGUGUAACCAAGCCUGAGAUCAAAGCAGGGGACAUUUCAGCAGACAUGAUGUUCACAGGACCUGACGUACAGUUUCCAAAGGGGGAGGCUUCCUUGGAACUGAAGGCUCCAGACCUAAAGAUUGAGGCACCAUCAGCGGAUUUCGCUCUAGGUGGAGUUGAAGCGAAGCUGGAGGGAACGGACAGUAAAUUUAAGAUGCCGAAAUUCCAUAUGCCCAAGUUUGGAAUGUCACUUCCCAAGGGGAAAGCUGUUGCAGAGGGAGAAAUCACCUUACCUUCUGUGGAAGUGGAUGUUUCCAAACCAGAACUGAAAGGGGAAGUGACCCUGCCCUCUGUGGGCAUCGAGACUGACGUGAAAUUGCCCAGAGCUGAAAUGAAGGCACCUAGUGUGGAGUUGGAGGUUGCUGAGAAGGGCAAAAUCAAAAUGCCUGAUGUCAAAAUGCCAAGCGCCAAGGUUCCCAAAAUGAAGACUCCUCAGGAGGUAGUCUCACUGCCCAAGCUUGAAGCAGACAUCUCUGUUCCCAAAGCAAAAGUGGAAAUUCCAGAGGCAGAGGUCUCUGUUAAGGUGCCUGAUGCAGAAGGCAGCAUUGAGGGUGGCGGAAUGAAAAUACACAUGCCAAAGUUCAAGAUGCCCAGCAUGGGUUUCUCCAAAUCAGAGAUCAAAGGUCCCAAAGUCGAUGUGGACGUCAGCGCACCCAAGGUUGACAUUGCUCUUCCGGACGUCAGUGUAACCAAGCCUGAGAUCAAAGCAGGUGACAUUUCAGCAGACAUGAAGUUCACAGGACCUGAUGUACAGUUUCCAAAGGGGGAGGCUUCCUUGGAACUGAAGGCUCCAGACGUAAAGGUUGAGGCACCACUAGUCGAUGUUGAUUUGGGAGGUGUUGAGACAAAGGUGGAAGGCAUGGACAGUAAAUUUAAAAGACCUAAAUUCCAAAUGCCCAAGUUUGGAAUUUCAUUUCCCAAAGGUAAAGCCAGUGUAGAUGGCAUGGGCACCCUACCUUCUGUGGAAGUAGAUGUCUCCAUACCAGAACAGAAAGGCGAAGUCAUACUGCCCUCUAUGAGCAUCGAGACAGAUUUGAAAUUGCAAGGAGCUGAAAUACGGGCACCUAGUGCGGAAUUGGAGGUCUCUGAGAAAGGAAAAAUCAAAGUGCCCGAUGUCAAAAUGCCAAGCGUCAAGGUCCCCAAAAUGAGGACUCCUCAGGUGGGAGUCUCACUGCCAAAAGUCCAAGCAGACAUCUCUCUUCCCACAGCAGCAAUGGAGAAUCCAGAGGCUUCCGCAUCUGUCAAUGUGCCUCAUGCAGAAAGUAGCAUUAAGAGUGGUGGGAUGAAAAUGCACAUGCCAAAGUUCAAGAUGCCCAGUAUGGGUUUCUCCAAACCAGAAAUCAAAGGUCCCAAAGUCGAUGUGGACAUCAGCGCACCCAAGGUUGACAUUGCUCUUCCAGAUGUCAGUGUAACCAAGCCUGAAAUCAAAGCAGGUGACAUUUCAGCAGACAUGAAGUUCACAGCACCUGACGUACAGUUUCCAAAGGGGGAGGCUUCCUUGGAACUGAAGGCUCCAGACUUGAAGGUUGAGGCACCAUCGGCACAUGUCACUCUAGGUGGAGUUGAAGCGACGCUGGAGGGCACGGACAGUAAAUUUAAGAUGCCAAAAUUCCAUAUGCCCAAGUUUGGAAUGUCACUUCCCAAGGGGAAAGCCACUGCAGAGGGAGAAACCACCUUACCUUCUGUGGAAGUGGAGAUCUCCAAACCAGAACUGAAAGGGGAAGUGACCCUGCCCUCUGUGGGCAUCGAGACUGAUGUGAAAUUGCCCGGAGCUGAAAUGAAGGCACCUAGUGUGGAGUUGGAGGUCUCUGAGAAGGGCAAAAUCAAAAUGCCUGACGUCAAAAUGCCAAGUAUGAAGGUCCCUGAUCUGAAGACUCCUCAGGUGGGAGUCUCGCUGCCGAAGGUUGAAGCAGACAUCUCUGUUCCCAAAGCAAAAGUGGAAAUUCCAGAGGCAGAGGUCUCUGUUAAAGUGCCUGAUGCAGAAGGCAGGAUCGAGGGUGGAGGGAUGAAAAUACACAUGCCAAAGUUCAAGAUGCCCAGCAUAGGUUUCUCCAAACCAGAAAUCAAAUUUCCGAAAGUCGAUGUGGACAUCAGCGCACCAAAAGUUGACAUUGAUCUUCCAGACGUCAGUGUAACCAAGCGUGAGAUCAAAGCAGGUGACAUUUCAGCAGACACCAGCCUUUCAGCACCUGACAUGAAGUUUCCAAAAGGAGAGGCUUCCUUGGAACUGAAGGCUCCAGACCUAAAGCUUGAGGCACCAUCGGCAGAUGUCACUCUAGGUGGAGUUGAAGCGAAGCUGGAGGGCACGGACAGUAAAUUUAAGAUGCCAAAAUUCCAAAUGCCCAAGUUUGGAAUGUCACUUCCCAAGGGGAAAGCCGCUGUAGAGGGAGAACUCACCUUACCUUCUGUGGAAGUGGAUAUCUCCAAACCAGAACUGAAAGGGGAAGUGACACUGCCCUCUGUGGGCAUCGAGACUGACGUGAAAUUGCCUGAAGCUGAAAUGACGGCACCUAGUGUGGAGUUGGAGGUCGCUGAGAAGGGCAAAAUUCAAAUGCCUGAUGUCAAAAUGCCAAGCGUCAAAGUUCCCAAGCUGAAGACUCCUCAAGUGGGAGUCUCACUGCCAAAGGUUGAAGCAGACAUCUCCCUUCCCAAAGCAAAAGUGGAAGUUCCAGAGGCAGAGGUCUCUGUUAAGGUGCCUGAUGCAGAAGGCAGCAUUGAUGGUGGCGCGAUGAAAAUACACACGCCAAAGUUCAAGAUGGGUUUCUCCAAACCAGAAAUCAAAGGUCCCAAAGUCGAUGUGGACAUCAGCGCACCCAAGGUUGACAUUGCUCUUCCGGACGCCAGUGUAACCAAGCCUGAGAUGAAGGCAGGGGACAUUUCAGCAGAUAUCAAGUUCUCUGCACCUGAUGUGAAUAUUCCAAAGGGGGAGACUUCCUUGGAACUGAGAGCUGCAGACCUACAAAUAGAGGUACCUUCUGCUGAGAUUACUCUGGAUGGUGCUGAGGCAAAGAUGGAGGGCCUAGACAGUAAAUUUAAGAUGCCAAAGCUCCAAGCGCCCAAAUUUGGAAUUUCGCUUCCCAAAGUGAAAGGUGCAGACGAGGAGAUCACUUUUCCAUCUGUGGAUAUUUCUGUUCCAAAAUCAGAUGCUGACAUCCAAAGACCAGAUUCAGAAGGCAAAAAUAUUAAACGUGAAAGCUAUGAAAAAGAAAUUGUUGAAAAAGAAAGCAGAUUUAAAAUGCCAAAAUUCAAGCUUCCAUCAUUUAGCUGGUCUCCAAAGAAAGAAGCAAGAGACUGCAUUCAGCAACUAUUGGAGGAGGAGAGGGGUGGUGGUCUAGAAGUCAUGAGCUUCCUGAACUCCUGGACUCAGCUUGCCUCUCUGUCCUUAGACUAUAGAUCCAUCACAACCACCCUUUUUGGAAUGUCAGUUCCCAAGGGGAAAGCUGUUGCAGAGGGAGAAAUCACCUUACCUUCUGCGGAAGUGGAUGUUUCCAAACCAGAACUGAAAGGGGAAGUGACCCUGCCCUCUGUGGGCAUCGAGACUGAUGUGAAAUUGCCCGGAGCUAAAAUGAAGGCACCUAGUGUGGAGUUGGAGGCCGCUGAGAAGGGCAAAAUAAAAAUGCCUGAUGUCAAAAUGCCAAGCGUCAAGGUUCCCAAAAUGAAGACUCCUCAAGUGGGAGUAUCGCUGCCAAACACUGAGGGAGACAUCUCUGUUCCCAAAGCAAAAGUGGAAAUUCCAGAAACAGAGGUCUCUGUUAAGGUGCCUGAUGCAGAAGGUAGCAUUGAUGGUGGCGGGAUGAAAAUACACAUGCCAAAGUUCAAGAUGCCCAGUAUGGGUUUCUCCAAACCAGAAAUCAAAGGUCCCAAAGUUGAUGUGGACGUCAGCUCACCCAAGGUUGACAUCGCUCUUCCAGACGUCAGUGUAACCAAGCCUGAGAUCAAAGCAGGUGACAUUUCAGCAGAUAUCAAGUUCACAGCACCCGACGUGAAGAUUCCAAAGGGAGAAGCUUCCUUGGAACUGAAGGCUCCAGACUUGAAGGUUGAGGCACCAUCGGCUGAUAUUGAUGUAGGUGGCAUUGAAGCUAAGCUGGAGGGUACGGGCAGUAAAUUUAAGAUGCCAAAAUUUCAAAUGCCCAAGUUUGGAAUGUCACCUUCCACAGGGAAAGCCACUGCAGAGGGAGAAAUCAGCUUACCUUCUGUGGAAGUGGAUAUCUCCAAACCAGAACUGAAAGGGGAAGUGACCCUGCCCUCUGUGGGCAUUGAGACUGACGUGAAAUUGCCUGAAGCUGAAAUGAAGGCACCUAGUGUGCAGUUGGAGGUUGCUGAGAAGGGCAAAAUCAAAAUGCCUGAUGUCAAAAUGCCAAGCGUCAAGGUUCCCAAAAUGAAGACUCCUCAAGUGGGAGUCUCACUGCCAGAGGUUGAGGCAGACAUCUCUAUUCCCAAAGCAAAAGUGGAAAUUCCAGAGGUAGAGGUCUCUGUUAAGGUGCCUGAUGCAGAAGGCAGCAUUGAUGGUGGCGGGAUGAAAAUACACAUGCCAAAGUUCAAGAUGCCCAGUAUGGGUUUCUCCAAACCAGAAUCAAAAGGUCCCAAAGUCGAUAUGGACAUCAGCGCACCCAAGGCUGACAUUGCUCUUCCAGACGUCAGUGUAACCAAGCCUGAGAUCAAAGCAGGUGACAUUUGAGACAUGAAGUUCACAGCACCUGACAUAAAGAUUCCAAAGGGGGAGGCUUCCUUGGAACUGAAGGCUCCAGACUUUAAGGUUGAGGCACCAUCGGCUGAUAUUGAUGUAGGUGGCAUUGAAGCAAAGCUGGAGGCACAGGACAGUAAAUUUAAGAUGCCAAAACUCCAAAUGCCCAAGUUUGGAAUGUCACUUCCAAAAGGGAAAGCCCUGCGAGAGGGAGAAAUCAGCUUACCUUCUGUGGAAGUGGAUAUCUCCAAACCAGAACUGAAAGGGGAAGUGACCCUGCCCUCUGUGGGCAUCGAGACUGAUGUGAAAUUGCCCGGAGCUGAAAUGAAGGCACCUAGUGUGGAGUUGGAGGUCGCUGAAGAAGGGCAAAUCAAAAUGCCUGGUGUCAAAAUGCCCAAAAUGAAGACUCCUCAAGUGGGAGUCUCAACUGCCCAAGGUUGAGGGCAGACAUCUCUGUUUCCCAAAGCAAAAGUGGAAAUUCCAGAGGCAGAGGUCUCUGUUAAGUGCCUGAUACAGAAGGCAACUCGAGGUGGCGGAAUGAAAAUACACAUGCCAAAGUUCAAGAUGCCCAGUAUGGGUAUCUCCAAACCAGAAAUCAAAGGUCCCAAAGUCGAUAUGGACAUCAGUGCACCCAAUGUUGACAUUGCUCUUCCAGACGUCAGUGUAACCAAGCCUGAGAUCAAAGCAGGUGACAUUUCAGCAGACAUGAAGUUCACCGCACCUGAUGUACAGUUUCCAAAGGGGGAGGCUUCCUUGGAACUGAAGGCUCCAGACCUAAAGAUUGAGGCACCAUCAGCGGAUUUCGCUCUAGGUGGAGUUGAAGCGAAGCUGGAGGGAACGGACAGUAAAUUUAAGAUGCCGAAAUUCCAUAUGCCCAAGUUCGGAAUGUCACUUCCCAAGGGGAAAGCUGUUGCAGAGGGAGAAAUCACCUUACCUUCUGUGGAAGUGGAUGUUUCCAAACCAGAACUGAAAGGGGAAGUGACCCUGCCCUCUGUGGGCAUCGAGACUGAUGUGAAAUUGCCCGGAGCUGAAAUGAAGGCUCCAAGUGUGGAGUUGGAGGUUUCUGAGAAGGGAAAACUCAAAAUGCCUGACGUCAAAAUGCCAAGCAUGAAGGUCCCUGAGCUGAAGACUCCUCAAGUGGGAGUCUCGCUGCCGAAGGCUGAGGGAGACAUCUCUGUUCCCAAAGCAAAAGUGGAAAUUCCAGAGACAGAGGUCUCAGUUAAAGUGCCUGAUGCAGAAGGCAGCAUCGAGGGUGGAGGGAUGAAAAUACACAUGCCAAAGUUCAAGAUGCCCAGCAUAGGUUUCUCCAAACCAGAAAUCAAAGGUCCCAAAGUCGAUGUGGAUGUCAGCGCCCCCAAGUUUGACAUUGCUCUUCCAGACGUCAGUGUAACCAAGCCUGAGAUCAAAGCAGGUGACAUUUCAGCAGACAUGAAGUUCACCGCACCUGAUGUACAGUUUCCAAAGGGGGAGGCUUCCUUGGAACUGAAGGCUCCAGACCUAAACGUUGAGGCACCAUCGGCACAUGUCACUCUAGGUGGAGUUGAAGCGACGCUGGAGGGCACGGACAGUAAAUUUAAGAUGCCAAAAUUCCAAAUGCCCAAGUUUGGAAUGUCACUUCCCAAGGGGAAAGCCACUGCAGAGGGAGAAAUCACCUUACCUUCUGUGGAAGUGGAGAUCUCCAAACCAGAACUGAAAGGGGAAGUGACCCUGCCCUCUGUGGGCAUCGAGACUGACGUGAAAUUGCCCGGAGCUGAAAUGAAGGCACCUAGUGUGGAGUUGGAGGUCUCUGAGAAGGGCAAAAUCAAAAUGCCUGAUGUCAAAAUGCCAAGCGUCAAAGUUCCCAAGCUGAAGACUCCUCAAGUGGGAGUCUCACUGCCAAAGGUUGAAGCAGACAUCUCCCUUCCCAAAGCAAAAGUGGAAGUUCCACAGGCAGAGGUCUCUGUUAAGGAGCCUGAUGCAGAAGGCAGCAUUGAUGGUGGCGGGAUGAAAAUACACAUGCCAAAGUUCAAGAUGCCGAGCAUGGGUUUCUCCAAAUCAGAGAUCAAAGGUCCCAAAGUCGAUAUGGACAUCAGCGCACCCAAGGUUGACAUUGCUCUUCCAGACGUCAGUGUAACCAAGCCUGAGAUCAAAGCAGGCGACAUUUCAGCAGACAUCAGCCUUUCAGCACCUGACGUGAAGUUUCCAAAAGGAGAGGCUUCCUUGGAGCUGAAGGCUCCAGACCUAAACGUUGAGGCACCAUCGGCACAUGUCACUCUAGGUGGAGUUGAAGCGAAGCUGGAGGGCACGGACAGUAAAUUUAAGAUGCCAAAAGUCCAAAUGCCCAAGUUUGGAAUGUCACUUCCCAAGGGGAAACCCGCUGCAGAGGGAGAAAUCACCUUACCUUCUGUGGAAGUGGAUAUCUCCAAACCAGAACUGAAAGGGGAAGUGACCCUGCCCUCUGUGGGCAUCGAGACUGACGUGAAAUUGCCCAGAGCUGAAAUGAAGGCACCUAGUGUGGAGUUGGAGGUCUCUGAGAAGGGCAAAAUCAAAAUGCCUGAUGUCAAAAUGCCAAGCGUCAAGUUCCAGCUGAAGACUCCUCAAGUGGGAGUCUCACUGCCAAAGGUUGAAGCAGACAUCUCCCUUCCCAAAGCAAAAGUGGAAGUUCCACAGGCAGAGGUCUCUGUUAAGGUGCCUGAUGCAGAAGGCAGCAUUGAUUGUGGCGGGAUGAAAAUACACAUGCCAAAGUUCAAGAUGCCGAGCAUGGGUUUCUCCAAAUCAGAGAUCAAAGGUCCCAAAGUCGAUAUGGACAUCAGCGCACCCAAGGUUGACAUUGCUCUUCCAGACGUCAGUGUAACCAAGCCUGAGAUCAAAGCAGGGGACAUUUCAGCAGACAUGAUGUUCACAGGACCUGACGUACAGUUUCCAAAGGGGGAGGCUUCCUUGGAACUGAAGGCUCCAGACCUAAAGAUUGAGGCACCAUCAGCGGAUUUCGCUCUAGGUGGAGUUGAAGCGAAGCUGGAGGGAACGGACAGUAAAUUUAAGAUGCCGAAAUUCCAUAUGCCCAAGUUUGGAAUGUCACUUCCCAAGGGGAAAGCUGUUGCAGAGGGAGAAAUCACCUUACCUUCUGUGGAAGUGGAUGUUUCCAAACCAGAACUGAAAGGGGAAGUGACCCUGCCCUCUGUGGGCAUCGAGACUGACGUGAAAUUGCCCAGAGCUGAAAUGAAGGCACCUAGUGUGGAGUUGGAGGUUGCUGAGAAGGGCAAAAUCAAAAUGCCUGAUGUCAAAAUGCCAAGCGCCAAGGUUCCCAAAAUGAAGACUCCUCAGGAGGUAGUCUCACUGCCCAAGCUUGAAGCAGACAUCUCUGUUCCCAAAGCAAAAGUGGAAAUUCCAGAGGCAGAGGUCUCUGUUAAGGUGCCUGAUGCAGAAGGCAGCAUUGAGGGUGGCGGAAUGAAAAUACACAUGCCAAAGUUCAAGAUGCCCAGCAUGGGUUUCUCCAAAUCAGAGAUCAAAGGUCCCAAAGUCGAUGUGGACGUCAGCGCACCCAAGGUUGACAUUGCUCUUCCGGACGUCAGUGUAACCAAGCCUGAGAUCAAAGCAGGUGACAUUUCAGCAGACAUGAAGUUCACAGGACCUGAUGUACAGUUUCCAAAGGGGGAGGCUUCCUUGGAACUGAAGGCUCCAGACGUAAAGGUUGAGGCACCACUAGUCGAUGUUGAUUUGGGAGGUGUUGAGACAAAGGUGGAAGGCAUGGACAGUAAAUUUAAAAGACCUAAAUUCCAAAUGCCCAAGUUUGGAAUUUCAUUUCCCAAAGGUAAAGCCAGUGUAGAUGGCAUGGGCACCCUACCUUCUGUGGAAGUAGAUGUCUCCAUACCAGAACAGAAAGGCAAAGUCAUACUGCCCUCUAUGAGCAUCGAGACAGAUUUGAAAUUGCAAGGAGCUGAAAUACGGGCACCUAGUGCGGAAUUGGAGGUCUCUGAGAAAGGAAAAAUCAAAGUGCCCGAUGUCAAAAUGCCAAGCGUCAAGGUCCCCAAAAUGAGGACUCCUCAGGUGGGAGUCUCACUGCCAAAAGUCCAAGCAGACAUCUCUCUUCCCACAGCAGCAAUGGAGAAUCCAGAGGCUUCCGCAUCUGUCAAUGUGCCUCAUGCAGAAAGUAGCAUUAAGAGUGGUGGGAUGAAAAUGCACAUGCCAAAGUUCAAGAUGCCCAGUAUGGGUUUCUCCAAACCAGAAAUCAAAGGUCCCAAAGUCGAUGUGGACAUCAGCGCACCCAAGGUUGACAUUGCUCUUCCAGAUGUCAGUGUAACCAAGCCUGAAAUCAAAGCAGGUGACAUUUCAGCAGACAUGAAGUUCACAGCACCUGACGUACAGUUUCCAAAGGGGGAGGCUUCCUUGGAACUGAAGGCUCCAGACUUGAAGGUUGAGGCACCAUCGGCACAUGUCACUCUAGGUGGAGUUGAAGCGACGCUGGAGGGCACGGACAGUAAAUUUAAGAUGCCAAAAUUCCAUAUGCCCAAGUUUGGAAUGUCACUUCCCAAGGGGAAAGCCACUGCAGAGGGAGAAACCACCUUACCUUCUGUGGAAGUGGAGAUCUCCAAACCAGAACUGAAAGGGGAAGUGACCCUGCCCUCUGUGGGCAUCGAGACUGAUGUGAAAUUGCCCGGAGCUGAAAUGAAGGCACCUAGUGUGGAGUUGGAGGUCUCUGAGAAGGGCAAAAUCAAAAUGCCUGACGUCAAAAUGCCAAGUAUGAAGGUCCCUGAUCUGAAGACUCCUCAGGUGGGAGUCUCGCUGCCGAAGGUUGAAGCAGACAUCUCUGUUCCCAAAGCAAAAGUGGAAAUUCCAGAGGCAGAGGUCUCUGUUAAAGUGCCUGAUGCAGAAGGCAGGAUCGAGGGUGGAGGGAUGAAAAUACACAUGCCAAAGUUCAAGAUGCCCAGCAUAGGUUUCUCCAAACCAGAAAUCAAAUUUCCGAAAGUCGAUGUGGACAUCAGCGCACCAAAAGUUGACAUUGAUCUUCCAGACGUCAGUGUAACCAAGCGUGAGAUCAAAGCAGGUGACAUUUCAGCAGACACCAGCCUUUCAGCACCUGACAUGAAGUUUCCAAAAGGAGAGGCUUCCUUGGAACUGAAGGCUCCAGACCUAAAGCUUGAGGCACCAUCGGCAGAUGUCACUCUAGGUGGAGUUGAAGCGAAGCUGGAGGGCACGGACAGUAAAUUUAAGAUGCCAAAAUUCCAAAUGCCCAAGUUUGGAAUGUCACUUCCCAAGGGGAAAGCCGCUGUAGAGGGAGAACUCACCUUACCUUCUGUGGAAGUGGAUAUCUCCAAACCAGAACUGAAAGGGGAAGUGACACUGCCCUCUGUGGGCAUCGAGACUGACGUGAAAUUGCCUGAAGCUGAAAUGACGGCACCUAGUGUGGAGUUGGAGGUCGCUGAGAAGGGCAAAAUUCAAAUGCCUGAUGUCAAAAUGCCAAGCGUCAAAGUUCCCAAGCUGAAGACUCCUCAAGUGGGAGUCUCACUGCCAAAGGUUGAAGCAGACAUCUCCCUUCCCAAAGCAAAAGUGGAAGUUCCAGAGGCAGAGGUCUCUGUUAAGGUGCCUGAUGCAGAAGGCAGCAUUGAUGGUGGCGCGAUGAAAAUACACACGCCAAAGUUCAAGAUGGGUUUCUCCAAACCAGAAAUCAAAGGUCCCAAAGUCGAUGUGGACGUCAGCGCACCCAAGGUUGACAUUGCUCUUCCGGACGCCAGUGUAACCAAGCCUGAGAUGAAGGCAGGGGACAUUUCAGCAGAUAUCAAGUUCUCUGCACCUGAUGUGAAUAUUCCAAAGGGGGAGACUUCCUUGGAACUGAGAGCUGCAGACCUACAAAUAGAGGUACCUUCUGCUGAGAUUACUCUGGAUGGUGCUGAGGCAAAGAUGGAGGGCCUAGACAGUAAAUUUAAGAUGCCAAAGCUCCAAGCGCCCAAAUUUGGAAUUUCGCUUCCCAAAGUGAAAGGUGCAGACGAGGAGAUCACUUUUCCAUCUGUGGAUAUUUCUGUUCCAAAAUCAGAUGCUGACAUCCAAAGACCAGAUUCAGAAGGCAAAAAUAUUAAACGUGAAAGCUAUGAAAAAGAAAUUGUUGAAAAAGAAAGCAGAUUUAAAAUGCCAAAAUUCAAGCUUCCAUCAUUUAGCUGGUCUCCAAAGAAAGAAGCAAGUGUUUCUACUGAUAUUUAUGCAAAUUUAGAAGAUCCCUCAGUUCCAGUUCCAACAGGUGAUAUUGAAUCUGAAUUAACACUCACUGUAGAGGAAGGUGAAGUCCACAUUGAAGACCUAGAGGGACACAUAUCUUUUGAUAAAGACAGCGAGAAAACCAAAAUCAGAAGGCCUCAUUUUAGCAUGCCAAAGAUAUCCCUUCCAAAAAUGAAAAGUCAUAAAGCAGAAAUAUCUGUACCACAGUUGCAUGCUGACAUGACAGUAUCUACGAUAGAGGAUGAAGGAAAGAUGUCACUACAAAUGCGGGAUACAGAUAUCAGUGGUAGUGAUUCUAGAAAAGGCAUUAAAAUGCCCGAAGUUAAGCUUCCAAGCCUAGAACUUUCCAAACCAGAACUUAAAGUUCCAAAAAUGGACAUGGAAAUCAGCUUACCUGAAAGCGAUGUCAAACUUUCUAUACCUGAUGCCAGUCUUUCAGAAGCAGAAUUAAAAUCACUUGAUGUUGGUGAUAAUGUUAGUAAAACAAUGGCAGAAAUUAAAGUCCCUGUGGUGAAAGGCCUAGAAGUAGGAAUUGAAGGACCGUCCACUGAUAUCUCUGUAGAUGUAACAGAGAUAAAAACUGAAGGAAUGGAUGGGAAGAUGAAAAGGCCUAAAUUCCAAAGGCCUAAGUUUGGAAUCUCAUUUUCUAAAGGAAAAACUCCAGACACCGAGAUUAGUUUGCCAUCUGAAGAUGCCAAAGUUCCUCAGUUGAAAACGACUGCAGAUAUUGCAGAUAUUGCAGUAGAGGCUCCAACACUUGAAGGAGAAGGUGACUUAGCUGGUUCAGGAAAAACCGGCCCCGAAGGGAAAAUUAAAAUGCCCCCAAUCCCUAGAGCCGACAUGAAGAUUCCAGCAAUAGACAUAAAAUUACCAUCAGUGGGUCUUUCUGUGGCACAGCCAGAGACGGAGGCUCAAGAUUUGGUUGCUGCAGCAAAAGAUGCUAAAUUUGAGGGAGAUAUAAAGACUGGAAGUAUAGAUGCAGAAGAAAAAGAAGGGCAUUUCAAAAUGCCAAAAUUCAAAUUGCCAUCAUUUAAUUGGUCACCUAAAAAGGAAGCAAGUCUUAAAACUACUGCAAAGGAACCUCUGGAAGAACCUAAAUUGACUAUCUUAUCAGAUGAUACUGAUGCAGAACUAACAGCAGUUCUGUCAGAAGAUCAAGAAGUCCACAUGGAGCUAGAUGCUGAAAUAGCUACAAAAAAAGGUCAGAUGAAAAGGCCUCAUUUUAAUAUGCCCAAAAUCUCCCUUCACAGGCCAAAGCUACCAAAAUCGCAGGGUAGCCUGCCAAAAGUGGAGGCAGAUAUUACUCUGGAAAGAGAUGGGGCUUUGGUACACAUACCAGAUAUAGAGAGCAGUUUUACCACACAGAAAGAAGAAGAAACCGAAAUAUGCAUAAAAAUGCCAAAGGGCACAUCAAAAGUGGAAAUCAAAGCUCCCCAAGUAGAUACCGAUAUUAAAGUUGAUAUUAAGGAGCCCACCAUAGAUAGUUCAGUUGAACUGAAAAGUGCAGAAAUAGGAUCUGAAGGUGUAAUCAAUGUGGAUAGUGGAAGUAUGAAAACUGAUGUUACGGAGGGCACAAUUAGAAUGCUAAAACUCCAAAUGCCAAAGUUUGGAAUUUCAGUUCCAGAAGGAAAAUUGCCAGAGACUGGGGUCACCUUACCCGAAAUGGAAACUGAAGUUUCUCAUCUACAAGCAACAAAGGACUUUGAGAGACUUUGCGGCGAAGCUCCAACCUUGGAAGUAAAAGCUGAACCCGCUGAUGCAGAAAUAAAGGUGUCAGCUGGAGAAAUACAACUGCCCGGAGUUGACAUCGAAGUAUCUGGCAUAUCUGUUCGCAGCCCUGCUGAGCAGGAUGCAAAAGAACAAGGAGAACAUGAAGCAAAGUCUGGAGAGAUUCAAACUGAGGAGUCUCCGGGUUGGUUUAAAAUGCCAAAGUUUAGGAUGCCUUCAUUUGGCCGAUCAUCUUCAAAGGGGAAAAAAGGUGAUGCUGAAGGAGAUGGCAGUACAGGAAAAGCUCCUCUUGCUGAAGAAGAAAUAAAAGCUCCUGAAAUGGCAACCCAGUCUCCUCAUGUGGUUAGUGAAUUGUAUUCUGGACAGGACAUUUUAGAAGGCAAAGUCAUGUUUCCUCAGGAGGACAUUACAAAAGAUGGCGUUUCAAUACAGAAGGAAAAGGACUUCAGAACUGGCCUAUUAAUGGGGGAAGGCAGUUUUUCACAGGCCUCAGGAAAAGCUGACGAUAAAAUAAGUCCCCUGGGAUCUAAAACAUAUGCUGAUGUAGUUAAGCUUGGUGCUGAAGGACAGAUUGUACAGAUACAUAAAACUUCAUCCACUGCCCCCACAUCAGAAAUCAGUGUACCAAAUGUGGAUAUUGACAUGACAGUGGCUGAGACACAUGCCACUAAAAUUACUGUGGCUGGAACAGAGGAAAAAGUUGAUGCUAUCAUUACAGAUGCAAACGUCGCUGAGCAAAGCCCUGAUGCAAAGACUGAAAAGGAGAGCCAAAUAAAAUCACCCAAAAAGGAUAUUCAAGGGAAAGAAAGCAUAUUCAAAAUGCCAAAGUUCAGUGUGCCUUCUUUUGGAUGGUCAACCACAAAAACCACCAAGAAAGUUGAUGAUGCUACAUCUGACUUGCAAGAGCCUGAUGUUAGACCACCAGAAGUUAGAAUGGAUGUUUCAGUCACUGAUGAAGACUUUGAAAUAAUAGAGUACCCAAUAGAAGGCUUUGAAAAAGAUAUGCCCGUGGAAGGAGAAGUGAAAGCAGAAGGGACAGAUGGCUCAAGUAAAACAAAACCAUCAAAAUUCAAGAUGCCAAAGUUUGGCAGUUUACGUACCAAAUCACGAAGUGCAGAAGUUGAUGCUGACCCACCAAAAACAGAGGCUGAGGUGUCACUAGAUAAAACUGAAGGACAGAUAUUUGGAAUCCAGGCUCAAAAAGCAGAAGAGUUUGUUGACAUGAAAAGUAGAAAACUCGACCUUGCGGAGAAACCAGGAGACACCACAGGCAAACAAGAUUUUGAAGAUUCAGAGAUACAUUUCCAUAUUCACAAACUUAAAAUACCCAAGUUCACAUACAGCACAUCUGUAGCUGAAGGACAAGUGUUGACUUCAGAAGACACAACACACAUGAAAUGUGCUGCUACUGAUACAGAUGGUGAUGGUGCCCCUCAACAAGAAUUCAGAACUACAUUCCUCGAUAAGAAGGUAGAAGACAUUGGUUGUAAUAUCCAGAAAUCAACAGUCAGAAUUACAACAUUGUCUGACAUCCAAAGAACACAAGUGGAAACUAAACUGCCAUCUACAGAUCCUUCUUUUGAGGAGACAACAACACUCAUACAGAGGCCAAUGGAAUUCAACAUUAAAUUUCCUACAGAAAAAAUAGACACCAUGAACGGUAAAAUCCAAAAAUCAGUAGCUAAAAUUACAACACUGACAGAACCAGAUAUUCAGACAACCCAACUUGAGUGUAAACUCCCAUCUACUGAGACAUUUAUUCAAAGUUCAUCACUGCACAUUGAAGGACCAUACUUUGAAGGAAACGGAAAACAGCCACAAGGUAAAUCUGCGUUUGACUCCUGCGAUUCUGAAAGUCAGGAAUCUUUCUCAACUCAGAUAGUGAGAGAAUCAGAGAUUCCUCCAUCAGAAGUUCAAACUGCCACCUAUGGGUUUUCUCUUUUAAAAGUGAAAAUUCAGGAAUCACUUGUGAACUUGGAUAUGCCAGUCAAACUGUCUUCCACAGAAUAUACGAAUGAAAUGUUUGAGAGUAAAGAUCACCAACCUUCAGGUGAAAAGGCAAGAGAAACAACACAAAAGACCAGCUUUGCUGAACUGAAAGUAUCAGACAAAGGCCAAGAACUUAUUGAAGAAGCAUCUUCUACUACUAAGCUGACAAAGCUGAAAGCAUUUGCAGUUGAAGUACAAUCUUCUGAUGAGUUUGCAGACAGUUCAAUGAUGUCCGAAUCGGCUGUAGAAAUUACCGAAGAAACUGAAGUUGCAAGUGCUGAAGAAGAAUCAACAACAGAUCCAAAGGAAAAAUCUGAUAGUAAGAGAUCUUCUGGCAGGUUUAAAUUUUGGCUUCCAAGUCUUGGGUUUUCUUCCUCUGUUGAUGACACAGGCGCAGAUUCCAAACCUGAAGUUCAAAAACCAUUUCAAGAAGAGACAGAAGUCGAUGUCCCAUCCACAUCAGACAGUGACACUGCCAAACAAACUGAAAAAGCUGGGUGGUUUAGAUUCCCCAAGUUAGGUUUUUCAUCUCCAACAAAAAAGGGAAGGGAAACUGAUAAAGUAGAAGAGACAGAUCCAAAAGAAGAAAAACCUCAGGAUGAGGAAAGUCCGACAGAAAAAUCAGAAACUUUUUUUGAUGCACAAGAAUCCUUGCCACCUAAUGAAACAAUCGCAGAGAGUGAAACCUCAGAGACCUCACCCAUUGUUUCAUCUUCCGCAAGAACUGAACUGAUACUGCUAGAGAAAGGGAAAGCUCCACCCCAAAGCGUUCCUGAAGAGGCAUAAAAAUAAGAUGGUUUCUUUUCCUUCAAAAUUCAAGCAUACAUAAAAAUGUGAUGCAACACUUUUCUAGGCAGGUGAGAAUUAGAAAACUCAUUGCCUUCUUUCCAGCAAAAAAUAAAUAAAACAUUACAUUAAAAGGAGUGAAGAAAUGUUUUGUUUAAAACUACAGUACUGUUUUCAAGCUCAUUGAAAUAUAGAAAAAUAGUUCCUAACAAAAACACUUGUUGCUUGGGACAUAAGGAAACAAAAAUAGACAAAGGAAGCUACUGACAAGAGACAUCCAUAGUUCUAAUGAAACCAACAAAGACCCUUUCUAUUAAUUUCCACAAGUGUUCCUUCUUCAGACCUACUUAGAGGAAUAAAGACUGGACAAAAGUUUAAAUAUAGUCAUUUAAGAAUCAAAUCACAGCAAUGAUUUUGUUCUAGAUUAUUUGCAGAGUAUUAGGAAGCUAGUGCUGGGAGAAUUAGGAGACAUAUUUUCUUUUUUAGAUUUUAUUUUUUUAACUGUAUUUCUGCUGCUAUCUUAUGAAAAGUAUAUAUAAAUAUAUUUUCAUUAUCUUUGAGCAAUAGGCAUAUUUCAGGAUUGUUUUGAAGCAUAGACCAAAUGGAAAUAAUACUGUAAAUGUUACAAUGCUUAUACUUCCUUUCCAGUCAAGAAGCAUCUUGCCAGUUUUCAAGACUAUCAGUUAAACUGAAGUAUCGGCACCUAAAAGACAUUGCGUAUCAGUCCUAAACAUUUUGCAGAACAACAUAUAUAAAUGUUACUUCUGAAAUUUCUUUUUAAUGACAAAGAAUCUUAGCACCAGUGUCUUAAGAUAUGUGUUAGCGUGCCUUUUGAAGUUUUAUAUAUGUAAAAUAUCAGGACUAGCCAACAUCUGGUCACCUGGGUGAAAAGUAGCUAUAAGAAAAAUAUUGCUUGCCUUCAUGCUUGUCCUGUGGCAACUUGGGUAAAUGCAUUUGCCACUGUACAGAAGAAGCAGUUUUAGCUAUGCCCCUGCAAAUAUUUUUUUCAAGCCUUUGCACUGGGGAGGCAAACGUUGAACCCAGUACAUGAUGCACACAGCCAGUUUCCUACCGACUGGAGGCCAACACACACAAAAUUCCUUUGGCUACCAUGCCUGUAACUGAUUGCCUGAGCAGAUCACGUGUUUUAUGGUGGAUGCAGGAUGAAUACAAAUGACUUACUAUGUGAAAACUUGCCACUGUGCAUAUUUAAUUGGGGUCUGUUUUGUCCUGCCAAGCAGCGAGAGUUUGACCCACACUUCCUCACAUUUCUAAUCAGGUAGAGAAAUGCGGCAGAAUUCCUCAUGCAAUUUUGCAAGACAAAACAAGCCUCUUCUUUUGUUCUUCCCUCAUUAUUGUGUGAUGGGGGAGAGCCAGUUCAAGACAUGCUACCUGAGGUGAAAGACAAGAUGCCCCCCCUUCCCCUAUUCCUCACACAGAAGCCAAUCAGACUGCCGACUGAACCUUACUGCGACACUGCCAGCAGGUAGAACAGUGCAUCUGAGGGCAGCGGGCUCACCUACAGAGGACACAGGGCAAUAUAGUGGCACACACAGCUCUGUCCUCCAACACCUUGCUGCUUGUCUCCACCACCUAGUAUCUGCCUGAGGCAAUCUGUCCACUCUGCCUAAUGGCAGAGCCAACCUUAGGGACCUUCCUGGACACAUUUAGGCUGCCCGUGUGAUUUAGAGCAUCGGAUUCGCCAGUGUUCUAAAUUGUGCAAGGAAUUCAGAAGGAUCCCUGGCGCUGAAGUAUUUUUCUAAAUGUGGAGGACAAUGGUGUCAGUUGUCAGGUCAUGACAGACUGAGUGGGGUAAGGUCCAUGGGGUCAUCCCCACUUCAGCCAUAUGAGGCAUGAAGGGGGUUACAGUUGACGUAAAAAUGCCUACAUCAUAAGUUAUGACUUGUCAACCGUAAUCUGUAUUCAUUUGUUGACACUCAUUGACCCCAGUGUGACUCAUUCGCCCCAGUGUUGUUUUGUACCCUUCUGCUGAGCAGUAAAAAGAAAUACCCACAGGCCAGGUACAGAUAUGUAACCACAUGAUCACCAGUGGUCACUCUCAGUCCAAAGACAUGUGUUGGGCAGACCAAAGCCAUCACAUUCAUUAAUCCAUCUAACCAUUCAAAAGUGGUAUUCAUUGACUUCAAUCUUAAGACAAGGGUCAUAAGAUCCAACUGUCUUGAUAAAGAGGACCUUCUGACCAGAACAGUACCCCUACAGAAUGGGGGCUUAAGGUGUGUACUUCAGUGUGACUGGAUUGUAAACUGGCGUUCAAGUGACUUCAGAAAUAAAACUUAAUAGUCAGGAGUUUAGUGCUUGGAUAAGAGAUGGAAGGGAGCAUACAUAUGUAAGUGGCUUUAACUUUCCUAAGGAUAUAGGUUGUAAAUAGUUAUUGUUUGCCUUUUGGAUUAUAUGAAUGCUUGCUACACGUAUGCAGCCGACAAGAUGGUACACACAUGCCUGUGAAACAUUGUGCUUAUGUACGGCAAUAAUGUUGAUUGUAUCCUGGCUAUGCUCCUCCUGAUACAGAAAUAAAAGUAGUAGCAUUA